AUGCCCGUCAAGACCCCUCGCGAACGCGCUGACUUCGAGAUAGCGCUGAUCUGUGCGUUGCCCCUGGAAGCUGAGUGCGUGCAAGAAUUAUUUGACAAAUUUUGGGAAGAUGAGGGCAAGAAUUUUAGGAAAGCUCCUGGGGAUCCCAGUGUCUAUACAACUGGAGUGAUAGGGCAACACAAUGUGGUUCUAGCCUAUAUGCCCGGUAUAGGGACCACUCCCGCCGCGGCGGUUGCGGGCUCCUUGCGCGUGAGCUUCCCAAAUAUCAAGCUCGCUCUAGUGGUCGGUAUCUGCGGAGGCAUGCCCUACGGGACCGGGACCGAUCAAGAAGAAAUCAUGCUCGGCGAUGUGAUCAUCAGUCAAGCACUCCUCCAAUAUGACUUUGGGAGGCGGCGUCCAAGGGGAUUUGAGAAGGAAGAUAUUCGAGACACACUUGCUCGUCCUAGCCCAGAGAUCCGAGCUAUCCAGGCUAAGCUAAGGACCAGUCGGUACAAGCAGAGAAUGCAAAAUAACAUGAUUACCUUUCUCCAAGACAUACAGCGGAAGCGGCCUGAGAUCAGGUAUCGAGGCCAAGAGAAUGAUAUCUUGUACCAUUCAUCGUAUAUACAUCGCCACCCACCAGGAACAUGUGAUGGGUGCAAGAGAGAUGGCGAGAUUUGCGAAUUAGCCCUCAAAACGGAAUGCGAAGAUCUAGGCUGUGACUCUAUAAUGCGUGUAAAGCGCAGUCGCUCCAUGGGUGGGUCAACAACACAGCCUGUCGUCCACUUUGGCAUCAUGGCUUCUGGGAACACUGUGAUGGCAUCAGGUCAGCACCGUGACCUGAUGGCGCAAGCGGACGGAAUCAUUGGUUUCGAAAUGGAAGGGGCCGGCGUAUGGGAUUACUUCCCCAGCAUUGUUAUCAAAGGCGUAUGCGACUAUACCGACAGUCACAAAAGGAAGGGAUGGCAAAGAUACGCAGCGGCAACAGCAGCAGCGUGCGCGAAGGCCUUUUUGGUCCAGUGGAGCGAAGACGAAGUACCGAUCUGUUCAGAACCUGUACGGCCAGCUCCCUUUGAUCACAUCUCGGAGUUCAUCGGUCGUACUGAGGAGCUGAAGCAUCUCCAACAAGCAAUUUUCGAUCCAGAGGGUCGCCGGAUUGUAUCUCUACUUGAUGCAGGGGUUGACUGGCCCUCGAGCUUGUCUGUCAAGUCAAGUCAGAGUACUCCAAUUGCUCAAUCUUCUAAAUCCAAGUCGACGGGAAUCUUCCUGAAUGCGUCAGGGAGACUUGAAAUGCCGGAGGAGCAGUGCAGAGCCACCACCCUGCUACCGAAGCUCACCUAUCUCCCACUCGCUAUCGUCCAGGCCCCUUCAUAUAUCCCUACAACCCAAGAGACGGUCAGCGCCUAUCUGGAGCUCAUGGAUAAAUCUGAGGACAAAGUGAGCAAGCUUCUAAGUGAAGAUUGUGGAGAUUACUCACGAUACUCUGCCGAAACCUCUCCUAGACUCGAAGCCGAACUGUCCCUGCUCGAGGCAAUGUAUCCCGGGAACAUCACCUUUGACUCUCGAAGUCGGGAUCUUCUUUUCACGCCUAGUGAUUCCCAGAGGAGUGCCCUGCUCCUACGGCUUCCAGACCAAUACCCCGAAAAGGGAGUUCCCGAAGUAAUAUCGGCGUGUGAUAACUCCAGAAACGACAUCCGCGACAGGAUUCGACGGGCCAUUGACGGCCUGGGUGCUGAAGGGAUAGGCGGGGAGGUCUUGGAUCAAGUCGUCAGUAUCUUUGAGGAUGAGAUUUCUGGGACCGCUUCGGAUUUGACUGCGUGCUCAGUUGGGGGAUCAAAAGGCAAGGAACAGCAGGCUGCCAGGGAUCAAAGUGCUGGAUCGCUACCAAGGUCAAGGACUGUAAUAAUCUGGCUCCAUCAUCUCCUGGCGACCUCAAAGCGAAAACUAGCCGUCAACCCUACUGCAUCGUCUCCAGCGUUAUCUCCCAGCAGUGCCGUCUCCGGCAUAACUAAACCAGGGUACCCUGGCAUAAUGGUGUUUUCUGGGCCCAGCGACCUCGUGGACUCACACCUCCGAGAGCUAAAAGCGCUGAAUUGGCAAGCAUUCCAGGUACGUUAUGACUCUGAUGAGAAUGCCGGACAAGAGGAGCAAGAACGAGACGAGUGGAUAUUCUCACACGAAAAGGGGAAGAUCAUCGAAGUCGAGUCGAUGGCAGAGGUGGUCAAGGACAUCGUGAAGGAGGGGAACAAGCAGCUGUUCUUGGAGGCGGUGGGUGUCAAGUGA